AUGCAAGGCAAGGGUGGAGUAGAUAUACUAGGCAAUGGUGAAUCAGAUAUACUAGGCAAUGGUGGAGUAGAUAUACUAGGCAAGGGUGGAGCAGAUAUACUAGGCAAGGGUGGAGCAGUUAUGCUAGGCAAGGGUGGAUUAGAUAUACUAGGCAAGGGUGGAUUAGAUAUACUAGGCAAGGGAUAUGAUGAUUAUGAUCGUAGAAGCAAUCGUUCUAGAAGUCGAAGCCCCAGAAACAGAUCACACUCAAGGAGUCCUUAUAAAGGCAGCAGGACAAGAAGUCGUACUCCUAAAAGAGAAAGGAGAUCCUACAGUCAUUCCAGAAGUAGAUCAGCAUCAUAUGAUAGAAAGAAAGAAAAUGGCUCAAGAAGUCGGUCAAAGACAAGAUCCCCUGCAAAAUCAGAUAAAGAGGAAAGAGAAGAUUCACCUGCGGAAUAA